AGGCUCCAAAUAUAUUCUAGGAGGUGCUCCGCUCCUCUGAGCACAGCUGUGGCAGCAGCAGGCACUUGCGGCGCGAUCUCCAGGCUUCGGCACUAGGAGCUAAGGGGAAGGGAGGCCUCCCUACCACUAGCUGGAGCUGGGCUGGCCGGGCCCGCAGAGAGACACCGCUUCAGGGCUCUCGCGGCGGCGGCGGCAACAACAACAACAAGAACAGCCGCCUGAGUUUCCUCCGUCUCCUUCUCCUCCUCCGUCCACCCGCCCGUUGCCCCUCUCGAGUCCAGAGCAAUGAGCGCAGCGAUGCGGGCUGCUGCGGCAGCGCGCCUCAGGCCCCCCCUCUUCUCGGCCGCGCUGAGGGGCCUCUCGGCAGGCCACGCUCCGCUUCAUGGCUCAGCGCAGCGGCUCCGCGGGGCUAAGGUCGCUGUGGUCCUUUCUGGAUGUGGUGUGUUUGAUGGUACUGAAAUCCAUGAAGCCUCAGCGAUAUUGGUUCAUCUGAGCCGUGGAGGGGCCAAUGUUCAGAUGUAUGCCCCAAAUAUUUCUCAGAUGCAUGUUGUUGACCACAGCAAAGGACAGCCAGCUGAGGGUGAAUCAAGAAAUGUCUUGGCAGAAUCAGCACGGAUUGCCCGUGGUAAAAUUGCAGACUUGACUAAACUUAUUGCAAAGGAUUAUGAUGCUGUGAUAUUUCCUGGGGGCUUUGGAGCUGCAAAAAAUUUAUCUACCUUUGCUGUGGAUGGAAAAGACUGUAAAGUGAAUGGGGAAGUAGAACGUGUGCUUAAGGAUUUCCACAAAGCUGGGAAACCCAUUGGUCUGUGCUGCAUUUCACCAGUCCUGGCUGCAAAGGUUCUUCCUGGCGCUGAAGUCACUGUAGGGCACGAAGAAGAGCAAGGUGGUAAAUGGCCUUAUGCUGGAACUGCUGGGGCCAUUAAAGCAAUGGGAGGAAAACAUCAUAUUAAAGAAGCAACAAUAUCCUUUUUUGCUUGAUUAAGGCAGAUUUGAAAAUUGUGUCAUCUUUCCCUGCCCCACCCCUUCAAUCUAACACACAUUUGGAAGCAAGUUUCAUUGAAGUGAGCAGGACCUACUUCCUCUUAAAUGUGUGUGGGAGAAGGUCACUGUAUAAAGACAUCACAGCUGUACACUUUCCCUAGAGAAUUGAACUGAUCUUUUUCAGAAAUGCAGGUCUGUCUUGCAUUUGGAUCAGUGAUAAAUUCCCACAAAUCCUACUGUAUUAAGUUACUGAAACUUAACUACUUACUAACUACUUAACUUCUUACAUUGUUGUAUAUCCUCCAGAAAUAUAGAAACACGUGCAGGGGUAUAGAUAUAAUUGAACGAGGUGGGGCAUUUGUCCCUGGGCCACUGGUGGAGAGGCAGGCAUGGAGCCAGCCAAGUGGCGGCCUGGGUCCAGCCCUGCCCGGCGGCCCCUCUGACGACGUCCCAUGUGCGAGGUAUGCCUGAGCCCCGAGAGAAAUCCCCUCCUUGUUGACGAGUGAGCGCUUGCCCAUCCUUUCCAGGCAGCGUUUGCUGCCUGAAAUGACACGGAAUGGCUCGCGUGGGCUCUUUGGAGCUUGAGGGCAUGCCCCUUUUUGGACGUGAUGUCACGCGCAAAGGGAGCAUGGUCUUGAGCUCCGAAGAGCCCAUGUGAGCCCUUCCCUGUCAUUUCAGGCAGCGCUUGCUGCCUGAAAGCAUCUAUUCUCUCUUUCUCUCUCUCUCUCUCUCUCUGGAGGGAUAGAAAGGGGAAUAGAUGCUUUCAGGCAGCAAACGCUACCUGAAAAGGAUGGGCAAGUGCUCGCUUGGGGGUCUUGGUAGCCCAGGUGUGGGCGGUGAGUUUCGUUUGGGGCUCUUUUGGAGCUCGAGCCACACACCCCUGGGGGCUUCAAUUGCCCCUACCAUUGGCAGCCCAGGUUCCUUGAACCUGUUCGCACAAUAGUGGCUACGCCUCUGUGCAGAGUGGUCACCUCCUGUGUGCCCCUAUCUCUCCACCCCUUAUGUGGUGGUGCCUGCCCUCCUGGGCUGGGCACUCCCUUUCUCAGUUCUCACCUGGCUGCAUGUGGGCCACUGUUUUGGGAUAGUGUACAUGUUUAAAAAUGCACUCUGAAAAAUAAAGUUCAAGAACUAGCUAACGUGAUUAUAGGAAUACAAGAGACACGAUUUUGUAAAAAGCUGGAUUUUGGAAGAGUUCUUUGGCUGUUUUAGAACAUCUAAUUUCUCUGGUUACAGCCUAAGUUGAUCCUGAACACUAGUUUAUAAAAUGAAUUAUAAUAGGGAAAUGUUAACAUGGGUGAUGUUUUCCCUUUACUCUUCUGUGGUCUUUAUGGUCGUCUUCAAGGUAGUGAAAUUGAAAUUCAGCUAUAAUGAAUGCAGCAUUAUUUUUCAAUUUCACCUUUUGCAUAUUUGAAUCUUCCUUUCACGAUUUGAAGAACAAAAUAAUCAUCCCAGAAAAGUUAUAUUAAAAAGUCAUCUUGUUGAGAUCUUUUUGUAGUUUUUCUACAAAAAUUCAUUAUAUUAGCUCAGCCUUAGCUACUCUUUGGAUUGUGGUAGGCUGCCAGGCUGCUGAAAAGUGGGUAUUGAGGACAGAAUGACCCAAAGGAGUGGAGGAGGUUGCCUUGUGGUCAUUAGAUGGUUGUGAAAUAUGUGGUUGGUUUCUUGAUAGGCACCUAAACUUCAGGAACCUCUGACUGCUAUCACAUAGGAAUACAGGAAGGGUUGUUGUUUUUAAAAAGGUAUAUAUUGUAUCACUGUUCUGUUUUGUAGCUUGGUUUAGUUGCUGUGUGUUCCUUAACUGUUCUCCAUGAAGCGCAUGUAGACACAAACCACAAGGUGGUAACCACCCCAGCCUUUAUGUGUGAAACGGAAUUGCAUCACAUUUUUGAUGGUAUUGGAGCUAUGGUUAAAAAUGUGUUAAAGAUGACAGGCAAAUAAAGUGGAUGUCUGUGAUAGCACUGAGGGAGAUUGCAGUUCUGACAGCACUAACUGGUACAGAAUUUAUUUCUAGAACUCAACUGGUUUGAUUUCAGAGCACUGGAACAGCUUAGGCUUAUUAAAUCUUGAUAUCCUGCUUAUUUCAACAGCUAAACUUCAGACAGCUUGGCUUCUUCCUGUUUGUUCUACAAAGACUUGCUUCAUAAUUAAUCCAAAUGGAUAAGGAUUCCACUAAGCAAAGUAAAUAUUCGAAGAUAGAUAUUACUGUGAAGCUCAUAAAGAUGAAGUGCACAAGUCCUGAAAAUUGCUGAUAUUUGGCUUGCCAUUAUAGUGUAAUUUCCAGUGUACAGAAUGUGAGGGUCAAGAGGUUCAUGGCUUGUUUCUAAAUCUUGGAUAGAACAAUGUGUCUUGUUUUUUCCCCUCCAGCCUAAAUUAUGAGAAGAAUUGCACUCAUUUGAUACUGUGGCUGAUAUUCAGAUGAAAGUUGUGUGCAUACUACAGAAAAAACAAAUUUUGCUUAUCUCCUUUCCCUCCCCCCCCCCAUACUGCUGCCUGAAAAUAUGUCCCAGAGGAUCAUGUGACCCUCUGGGACAUAUUUUUGGGAAGCACAAUCAGCUUCAGGGAUAAGGGGAAAUUGGCAAAAAUUAUUCCUCCCUCGUAGUCCAUAUGCAAUGUUAAUCUGAAUGUCAUUAAAAUAAUCAAUUCCUGACUGGGACAAAAUUUAGCUUAAUAUAAGCAAUCAUUUGGAAGAAGUAGGCUCUCUUUUGAUCAGAUUCUUUGCAAUUCUAAUUGUAUGACAUAUAUUUUGAGAAUAAAUGGCUAUCCUCUUAAA